AUUCCACCGGCUAAAUGCACCCCAAACUCCACUUUUGGAAGCACGCUUUGCGUUAUUCGUCCGCUUAACCGAGCGAAAGAGUCGUUUUGCGGCUAGUCGGGCGUCUGAGCGGCCAGUUUUGAAGCGGAAGAAGCCCGUCGGGAGGCGGAGAAGAAGCCAUUUGAGCGCCAAGUUAAAUCGCCUCCUCCCCGCUUGACGCGUCCGAGGCGCGCCCGCCUGCCUACCCGCUCAUUGCGACCAGACACCGGCCUUCCGCCAGCACGCUGUCGCGGAGCUCCGACAAUUUCGGAAAAGCAUCCGCGGAACCUCCUUCAUCAAUGCGCUUAUUGAUUCAUUGAUUACUUUCAUGCUCGACUUUGGUUGUGAACUUCAAGAGAAGCAUCUUGAGGUUUACUCCUGUGAAGACAGCCAGCCUCGUGGCUAGAAUGCUUGGAAGUCGGGAAGAAACGGAACAAGAAGCCGAGUGUGUUGCUCCCGACGCGGCCAGUGUUAAGGCGACCAGGCCGAGGAAGAGGAAGGCAGAUGUUGCCAUUUAUUUACAAGAUGUGGAUGAAGACGAGAUGACCAAGAAGAAGCAGCGGGACUGCCAGGUGGCGCAGCAGUCUGACGAAGGCGCGUACACAAGUCCUCGGCGCCGGACGUCUACGCUGGAACGCCACGACGAGCGGCAGAUUACGCUGAUCAACGUCGGGUUCCCUCAUUACGACCUCGCCAACGUCUUGGCCACUCCCGUUCACUGUGCGCCGCUUCCUGCGCUCUGCUGGGCGAGUAAAGACGUGGUGUGGAACAACAUGCUAGCCAAAGACAAAACGUACACGCGCACCGUCAACAUGAUGGAUAAACAUCCACACCUUCAGCCCAAGAUGAGAGCCAUUCUACUCGACUGGCUCAUGGAGGUGAGCGAAGUAUACAAGCUGCACCGCGAGACGUACCACUUGGCGCAGGACUACUUUGACCGCUUCAUGGCCACGCAGAGCAACGUCUUCAAGUCCACGCUACAGCUCAUCGGCAUCAGCUGCCUUUUCAUCGCCGCCAAAGUCGAGGAGAUGUACCCUCCCAAAGUGCACCAGUUUGCCUACGUGACGGACGAAGCCUGCACCGAAGAUGAGAUCCUCAGCAUGGAGAUCAUCAUUAUGAAGGAGCUGAAAUGGAGUCUGAGCCCGCAGACGCCCGUUUCCUGGCUCAACGUCUACAUGCAGGUGGCGUACCUCAACGAGUCGGACCAAGUGCUCAUCCCCAAGUACCCGCAGGCCACUUUUGCUCACAUAGCAGAGCUUCUAGACGUUUGCAUGCUCGACAUGCGCUGCCUCGAGUUCUCCAACGGCGUUCUGGCCGCCUCAGCCCUUUUCCACUUUUCGUCACUGGAGCUGGUGGAGAACGUGUCGGCCUUGAAGAGGGCGGAGCUGGAGGAAUGCGUUCGGUGGAUGGUGCCCUUCGCCGUGGCGCUGCGGGAAUCGGGCGGCACGCCCUUGAAGACGUUCGCCGGCGUGGCCGCGGACGACGUGCACAAUAUCCAGACGCACGCCCCCUACUUGACGUGGAUGGAGAAGGCGUCGUCCUACAGAGAAUCGGACUUGGAAAGUCAAGGCGGCUGCCAACUGCCGUCCGGCGUCCUCACGCCGCCGCUCAGCAGCGAGAAGACUGCCGAAGACCGGGACCCUGCGGCGACCGCGUUGCGACCCAAGUUGCGGGCUGCCGAAUGGACGCUGGCGCCUUAGAAUCUGUGUGUUUUGUGUGGAAUUUCUCAUUUUUAUGGAUUUUUUUUUUCUUUUUUUGGACUGGACGUUAUUUUUUUGUGAAUUUUUGAGCAUCUCAUUCUCAAAUGCCAGUCAAGGAUUUUUUUUAUUUUUGAUUUUUUUUGGUAAUUUAACCCGUCUUUUUUUAAAGGGGGCCACGGACUGAACUUGGGAGUCUGGAGACUCCGUGCUGCUAUACAGCCGGGCUUCUCAUCAACUUACGUGUGUGUGAUUUGAACAGGUGGGACCAUUCACUUAGCGGAGCUUCAGAAGCUCCGCUACGCUACUCGCAACAGAAUUAGAGGUAUUUUUUUUGUGAGUGAUUGUAUUUAACUUUUAAGCUUGCCCAUCCCAAACCUAACAAUUACCCAAAAUGUCAACGUGUGACUAUUUUUCAAAAAUCAAAUGCUGCUACGUAUUUUUCCAUUAAAGAUGUUUCUCAAAAGGCCUGUCAAAUGUCAAUGAGUGGAGUAGAUAAAACAUCAUGUGAACUCAGUGGCUUACAUUGACAGCAGUGUCGCAGCGAUGCUAGUAUUUAAAAGGGUACUGAUAUGGCAUACGCGGAGAUUGAGGGGAGGCAGGAAAAUGGUGGCCGAAAAGUGUAAUUGGACUUUCCUAAAAUAAAGACCUAGCUGGUAAAAUGUUGUCUAUAAAAGUUGUAAAGCAAUGAACAAGAAUCCUACAAAAUAUUUCAUAAUGGGUCAGUUAUUUUUCAAACCGAUCAUGUGACUAGCACCUUUGACACGGUCCUUUGCUUUGCUUAGCCAAAACGACACCUGAGGAGGAAAGAUGUAUAUACUUGGAAUUUCUUUAAGCCUAAGCUUCAACAACUGAGUUUCAACUAAAGAUACACGAUAAUAUCGGUCACCGAUAAUUAUCGGCCGAUAAUGGCAAUUAUGACGUCACACAGAUAAUCCAGAUAAUAAAAAAAUUCAACCGAUAAUGCAAUCCGAU